CUUCGAAUGAAAAGGACUUUUUUCAAAUGAGAACACAAAAACUGACAGACUGAUCCAUCCAAGCCCACAGGUAGCAUUCUAAUUUAAUGGAGACAGAAAACAGAACUGUAGUUGCAGAAUUUGUCUUUCUUCAUUUCACUAGCAUACCCAAUCUGGAGACCACACUGUUUGUGCUGUUCUUAAUCAUCUACAUCCUAUCACUUGUUGGGAACCUGCUGAUUAUAGUUAUUGUGGUGGUGGAUUCACGUCUGCAAACUGCCAUGUAUUUCUUCAUCUGCAAUCUGUCAAUGGUUGAGGUCUGGUACACAACUGUCACAGUGCCUAAGAUGCUGGAGAAUUUGCUAUCAGAGAAGAGGAAUAUUUCCAUUCCAGGAUGCAUCACCCAAUAUUACUUCUUCUUUGCCUUUGCUGCUAUAGAGCUGUUCAUCCUUACAGCUAUGGCUUAUGACAGGUACCUUGCUAUCUGCAACCCAUUACGUUACUCUACCAUCAUGAACCCUAGGACAUGCAGAAAUGUGGCUGUGAUGUGUUGGUUUGUGGGCUUCAUAUGCCCUACCUUUCCAUCCUUCAUGUUAGCUAAGAUUUCCUUCUGUAGUCCCAAUAGGAUCAACCACUUCUUUUGUGAUGCUGGGCAGAUAUUUCGCCUCGCAUGUACUGACACCUAUGCCAUUCAGAUUGUGGGAUAUGGCUUUAGCACUGUCAUUGUAAUGGCUGCUCUUUUAUUCACUCUAGGGUCUUAUGUGCAAAUUGUAGUCACCAUAUUGAAAAUGUCUUCUGCUGCGGCCCGGAGGAAGACAUUCUCUACCUGUGCUUCCCACCUCUCUGUAGUCACCAUUUAUUUUGGGACUCUUAUUUUCAUGUAUGUCCGUCCAGCAGUGAAAUACAAAUCAAACGCCAACAAAAUAGUAGCUGUUUUUUAUGCUGUGAUAACUCCACUGUUGAAUCCAAUGAUAUAUACACUGAGGAAUAAGGAUGUGAAAGAAGCUUUGAAGAAAACAUUCCUCAGAAACAAAUCCUAA